AUGAAGGCCUGGCUGGUUCAGCAUCCUGUGACUGCUCACAGGUUUUGCAGUGCCUGGAGGUUUCUGCCUGGGUCAUUCCCUGGUGAAAUAGUUUUUGCAGGGGAGCAGGGAUGCCACAGAAAUCUGGGAGGAAAAAAAUCUCUGGACCCGUGCUUGGAAAGCUGCUCUAUGAGGUCCUGUUUCUUGCUCUUUCUCCAGUUCCACACUGCUAGCAGGCUGAAACAUCAAACAUCUUGGAAGCCUGCCAGUCUGCCCAGGCAGGAAGAAGAUACGAUGGACAGCAGGACUGGCUUUGAGCAGGACAGAGACUGUGUCACUUCAGGGCUUGGCCAGGGGCUGAAAUUGGAGCCCUGUUUCCAGACUGACGCUCUCUUGCCUUCCCCCAAUGCAUCCCUGAUACCACAGCUCCUCAGCCACGCAGUGGUUGGCAGGAACCUGGAUCCCACCAUCCUUUUCGCUCCCUCUCAGGCAGUGGCCCUGCCUCAUGACUACAAAUGUGGUGCAUGUCCUGGAGAAGAAGUGCAAGCCCCGGCUUCUCCCAGGAUCUGUGUCCCAGCUCCUGUGCCCCGUGCUGGUGAUGGGGACCAGCUCUCCAAGCAGCACCCACGGGAGCAGCUCUGCGACCAGCACUUACGAGCCAAGCGGGCCAGGGUGGAGAGCAUCAUCCAGGGCAUGAGCCUCCCACCAGCCCCUCAGGCAUUUGACACGAGCCCAGAGGCAGCUUUCAGGCGUGAGAGGGAAAGGGGUGGUGAGAUGCCCCAGGAGAGCAAGAGGAAGCCAAGGGUGCCCCAGCAGGGUGUGGGGGCAGCUGGACGAGUGGCUCCCACAGGGGGCAGUUCCCACGCCAAGGGCUGCCAGCAGCUGAAAGAGCAGCUCUGCUUUUUAGAGCAGCAGUUGAGGUGGCUUCAGGAGAAGUUCUACCAAGUCUGUGACUCUGAGGAUGCUGCCCAAACCCAGGAAGAUUCUGAGAAAGCACAGCCACUGCCUGGAAAGCCUGAAGACAGACUGAACAAGGACAGUGCCACUGCCACCACCAGCAACCCACGCCAAGUGCCUCUCAGGGGGACCGUCCUGGAGGCGUGUGGGCUGGAGGAGGCUGAGGACAGAGGUGACACAGGUGGCCUGCCCUCGGCAGUGAGGGUACUCUCACAGACACUGAAGCACGAGCUGGCUGUGGUGACAUCCCAGGUAGUGGACUCUGUCCUGAAGGCCGUCUGGCAGAAGGCAGACAGCCACAUCCAAAAGCAGCACCACAGCUUUCCAAUGCUGGGGCCAGAUGCCAGGAGAGAGUAUUCUGCUCCUGGGAAAUGCAGAAAGCCACUUGCUAAGCCAUCUCCUAUGAAUACACCAGGCUCCCUGGGCUCACCUCAGGCUGAGGUCCUGCUGGCAGCUUCGGGGAAGAGCCCGGGCUCUUAUGCCGGCUCCUUCAGUUCAAAGGGGGUCAGAAAAUCCUCUCGGGUACCCAGCAUGGGUUAUUCACUGGGCUCAGCCACCCCUGUCCAGCACAGCCAGCUGUUGAGCCAGUUGUUGGGCUACAGGCAGCACAGCCUCUGGGGCAGCGACUCUCAUGAGAGCCCAUCUGCUCUGGAGAGGAGUUGUCCAGAGCCCCUCAACUUGCACUGGGGAACCGUUAAACUGAGGUCAUCAAUUGUGAGGCAGCAGCAGCACCAUCCCCUGUCCCUGAGCCCUACCAACAUGGAGAGUAUGGCACAACUGCCAGCUGGCAGAGAUGGCCACAGUGAGCUGCCAGCUGCAGAUGAUGGAGCGCCCUUUGCCUCAACCCAUAUAUCCUUUGGGAGCAGCUGGAGGCAGAUGCAGGAGGCGCUGACCCCCGGGCAUCUGAAGAAGGCCAAGCUGAUGUUCUUCUUCACCCGUUACCCCAGCUCCACUCUGCUGAAAACCUACUUCCUCGAUGUGCAGUUCAGCCGCUGCAUCACCUCCCAGCUCAUCAAGUGGUUCAGCAACUUCCGUGAGUUUUACUACAUCCAGGUGGAGAAGUUUGCCCGGCAGGCCCUGUUGGAGGGUGUUGUGGAUGCUUGCACUCUCCAGGUCUCCCGGGACUCGGAGCUCUUCCGUGCCCUCAACACGCACUAUAACAAGGGGAAUGACUUCGAGGUGCCAGGGCGGUUCUUGGAGGUGGCCAGUCUGACCCUGCAGGAGUUCUUCAGUGCCGUCAGGGCAGGCAAGGAUGCCGACCCCUCCUGGAAGAAACCCAUUUACAAAAUCAUUUCCAAACUCGACAGUGACAUCCCAGAAGGGUUCAAAGCUGCCAGCUGCUCCCAGGAACUGCUCCACAGCUGA